AUGCAAAGCGACAUGGGCAUGGGUCCCCAGGGAUUCAUGGACGGAAUGAUGGACUCGGGCAUGGGCCAGAUGGACGCGCAGAGCGAUCUGGCUACGCCAUCGCCUAGCUUUGGCAACAGGCAGGGUCCGGGAACUCCGAUGAUGGAUAUGGCGGUGCAGCCGCCGCGAAAUAUGGAGGAUAUGAACAGGAUUUAUGCGCGCUACAAAGAACUCCAGACCCGUCUCGGAGCCAACGCCAGCUCUUCCCAAGAGUUCGUCGAGCUCUCCAAAAUUCUCAAAGCGUACUCGCAACGCCAGCAUAUGUUCCGCCAGCAGCAACAGCAGCAGCAACAGCAGCAGCACCGGAUGAAGGCCAUGGGCCAGCCGCAGCAGAUGCAGCAGGGCACACCCCAGGGCAACAUGACGCCCCAGAUGGGCACUCCUCAAUUCCCCUCGCCUGGCCAACCCCAGCAGCCCCAGCAACAGCGCAAACCCUCCUCUGCAGGCAUGUACCAGAACUCCAACAGCAGCAUGCAGAGUAUGAACGGCUCUCCCGUUCCGCCCCACAAUCAGCCCGGUGUCGUGGGUGCCCAGGGCAUGCCCCGGCAGUCGCCCACACCCCACCUGGAGCCACAGCAACAGAACUCACCAUACACACCUGACAUGCUCAUGCAGAUGAAGAACCAGCUCAUGGCGUACCGACAGCUGAGCAAGGGUGCUGUCAUUCCCCCUCAGGUGCUUCAGGCGCUGUUCAGACCCACUGGCCAGCCUCCUCAGAUGACUCAGCCCCAGCAGCAGCCUCCGCAGCAGCAGCAGCAACCUCAGAUGACUCAGCAACAACAACAGCAGCCCCCGAUGCAGCAGCCUUCCAUGGGUCAACCCCCGAUGGCUCAGCAGAUGCAGUCGCCCGCUGGCAUUCCUCAGAGCCCCAUGUUCCAGAACGCCAACCGGUCGCAGUCACCGGCCGUGUCUUCCGAUACAAACUCUCCUGGCAUGGGCAAGCGACGAACUCCCUCUCAGACUGGCCUGAGACGAUCGUCCAAACAGGAGAUCGACGGAGUGACUCCCAUCGCAGCCCCCGCUGUCCCUCCCCCUCCUCCAGCUGCUCCAGAAACCAUUUCUGGCUACAAGGAUCCCUGUCUCCUUUUGGAGGGAACCUUUUCUUUCGAUGAUAUCACCACUCCCGCGUUCCUGGACAAGCGUCGAACCUUUAUUCCAUCAAUUAUGCCCCGUGGUAUGGACGCCGAGGUGAUCAAAGAUCUGUACGAGGAGCAGGUUAACAAGCAGAUUAGUGAUCGGAUUACUGAGCUCAAGGAAGGUGAUCUAGAUGUGCCAGAGCUUGACGAGGAAGUCGACGAGGAGUCUGCUGACUCAACUGGUUCCGAUGACACCACAGCACUAGACAACGCAAUCGAGCUCAAAUCACUGCAGUUAAUCGACCACCAAAAGGCCUGGAGAGGCGAUCUCCUUGCUGACACGUUCUACUUCAACUCUGUCGGUCUGGAUCCCUACAACAAGAUCUACUUCACACGUAUGAAGAAGACUUCGCUCCAGGAAGCGUUCAUGACCGAACAGUUUGGCACGCAGCAGCUCAUGGAGCGCCAGCGACACGAGGUGCGAGUGCGGUCCGAGCAGCUCAUCCACAUCUGCAAGCACGCGCAGGACACAAUCAACGCAUCUCGUUCAAGACGACUACGACAGGCUCGUGUCGCCAAGGCAUGUCAGAACUAUCACGUGUUCACUGAGCGUGAGGAGCAGAAGCGAAUGGAGCGAAACGCCAAGCAGCGACUGCAGGCUCUGCGGGCCAACGACGAGGAAGCCUACAUCAAGCUGCUUGACCAGACCAAGGACACGCGUAUCACAGAUCUACUGCGACAGACCAAUACGUUCCUGGACUCGCUUGCGCAGGCUGUCAAGGACCAGCAGAAGAGCAACAACAGCAACGGCAAUCACGUCGACUUUGGUCCUCAACAAGAUAUGGAUGACGAGGAUCCCGACAACCAGAAGAAGGCCGACUACUAUGCGGUUGCUCAUCGAAUCCAGGAACCCGUCAGCAAACAGCCCGAUAUGCUUGUGGGUGGUCAGCUUAAGGAAUAUCAGAUCAAGGGUCUUCAGUGGAUGCUCUCUCUAUUCAACAACAACCUGAACGGUAUCUUGGCCGAUGAGAUGGGUCUUGGAAAGACAAUCCAGACGAUUUCGCUCAUUGCCUAUCUCAUUGAGACCAAGAAGAUUCCUGGACCUUACCUGGUCAUUGUCCCACUCUCCACGCUCACCAACUGGACGCUCGAGUUCGAAAAGUGGGCGCCUGCUAUCAAAAAGCUCGUCUAUAAAGGCCCCCCCAUGGCCCGUAAGGCGCAGCAGAACGCUAUUCGAGCCGGAGACUUCCAGGUACUGCUCACGACCUAUGAGUACAUCAUCAAGGACCGGCCUGUGCUGUCUCGAAUCAAGUGGGUCCACAUGAUUAUUGAUGAGGGUCAUCGAAUGAAGAAUGCGCAGUCCAAGCUGUCGUCCACCCUGACUCAGUACUACCACACCCGGUACCGACUCAUUCUGACAGGUACUCCUCUCCAGAACUCGCUUCCCGAGCUGUGGGCCCUGCUCAACUUUGUGCUGCCCAAGAUUUUCAACUCGGUCAAGUCGUUUGACGAGUGGUUCAAUACCCCCUUUGCGUCUACUGGUGGCCAGGACAAGAUGGAUCUUUCCGAAGAAGAGACUUUGCUGAUCAUCAAACGUCUCCAUAAAGUCCUCCGACCAUUCCUUCUGCGACGUCUCAAGAAGGAUGUGGCCAAGGAUCUGCCUGACAAGGUGGAAAAGGUGCUCAAGUGCAAGAUGAGCGCUCUACAGUCCAAGCUGUACCAGCAGAUGAUCAAACACAAUGUCUUGUUUAUUGGUGAGGGUGUUCAGGGUGCUACAAAGACCGGAUUGAAGGGUUUAAACAACCAGGUCAUGCAGCUACGAAAGAUUUGCAAUCAUCCCUUUGUGUUCGAGGAGGUUGAAGAUCUGGUGAACCCCAACCGACUGACAAACGAUAACCUGUGGCGAACUGCAGGUAAAUUCGAGCUCCUGGACCGAAUUCUGCCCAAGUUCAAGGCUGCAGGUCACCGUAUUCUCAUGUUUUUCCAGAUGACGCAGAUCAUGGAUAUUAUGGAAGAUUUCAUGCGGCUCAAGGGCUGGCAAUACCUUCGACUUGAUGGUGGAACAAAGUCCGAGGACCGAUCCGGUCUGCUUGGGAAGUUUAAUGCCCCCGACUCGCCCUACUUUGCCUUCCUGCUGUCCACUCGAGCCGGAGGUCUUGGUCUGAACUUGCAGACGGCCGACACAGUCAUCAUCUACGACACUGACUGGAACCCCCAUCAGGAUCUGCAGGCUCAGGACCGUGCGCACCGAAUCGGUCAGACAAAGGAAGUGCGAAUCCUGCGGCUUAUCACCGAAGACUCUGUUGAAGAAAAUAUUCUCGAGAGGGCGCACAAGAAGCUGGAUAUCGACGGCAAGGUCAUUCAGGCCGGUAAGUUUGAUAACAAGUCGACAGCAGAGGAGCAGGAGGCGUUCCUGCGAGGUCUGCUUGAGCGGGAGGAAAAGCAGAAGGAAAAGGGCGACGAUGACGUGGACGACGAGGAGCUCAACGAGAUUCUGGCUAGAAAUGACGAGGAGCGAAUCUUGUUUGCGCAGCUCGAUGCGGAACGACACGCCACGUCCCAGUAUGGCAAGGGCAAGAUUGAAAGACUUUUCACUGAAGAGGAGCUGCCAGAGGCGUAUAAGCGGGACAUCAAGCUGGCUGUGGAGCCCAUCAACACAGACCAAUUUGGCCGUGGAGCCCGAGAGCGAAAGGUCUUGCACUACGACGAUGGACUCACCGAGGAGCAGUGGCUCGAGGCUAUCGACAAUGACGUUGACAUGGAUGAGACCAUUGCCAAGAAGCGGGCCGACAACAAGCGACGGCAGGCCAAGAAGAGUGGUGCGGCCGCUGCAGCUGCGACUGCGUCUCCCCUGGACGAGCUGGAGGACCUUGAUUCUCCCGGAGUCAAGCGAAAGCGGUCUCGAAAGCAGACCAAGGAUCCGAUGAUGCAGGUGGAGGACGAGCAGCCCAAGAAGAAGGCUCGGGGAAGGGGUAGACCCAAGGACACACUGACCCCCGAGGCUCGAAAGGCGCUGCUGGGCAUCAUGAAGACGCUGUACAACCACGUGUUGAAUGUGGAGGACUCGACUGGCCGGGCCCGAAUCAAUCUGUUUUUGGAGCUACCCAGCAAGACGGACUACCCAGACUACUACAUUCUCAUUAAGCAGCCGAUUUCGUGCGCCCAGAUCUCGAAGCGAAUCCAGAGCUCGUACUACCAGAGCCUGGAUCAGUUUCUUGAGGAGUUUGCCCUCAUGUUUGCCAACGCGAAGCAAUAUAAUGAGGAGGGCUCGUUUGUGUACGAGGAUGCAGUGGCGCUGCAUAACGCGUUGUUGGACAAGGCCAGCACAAUGGAGGGUGUGGAAAGUACGAGGGCGCUGAAGGAGGAGGGCCAGACUCAGUCUGGUACACAGUCUGGCCCCUCGUCUGCUUCUGGCCAGUCGGGCCAGUCUUCCGGACAGUCCCAGCAGGUGUCUCAGCCUCAGAUUCCUCAGCAGGUGUCUCAGGUAGCCCAACAGGUGCCUGCUCCUGCUCCUACACCCCAAGUUGUGUCCCAGGCUGUUCAGCAGCCUCCUCCCCAGGCUGUUCAACCCGUGCAAGCCCAGCCAGCUGCACCUUCUCAGGCGAUGCAUCUGCCCCCCAUGGACAUGAUGAAUCUCCACAACGGCCACGGACAGCAGCAGCCGCAACAGCCAGCUGCACCCGCCCCCGGAAUGCACCUCGGCGACAUGAACUCUCCCGGGUUCGACUCCCGGUUCGACUUGCACCACGAACUCGGAGGCGGUAUCCAGGAGGAUAUGCAUCUGGACGAGUUUACUGACAACUACUUGGGCGAUUUCACUACCAUGGGAGGGUCCUUUGGAGUGGGUGACGAUUAUAAACACGAGUGA